GAAAGUCUCAAAAACAUGAACUCUCCUCAAAAUGACAACGGUCCGUGAUUUGGGAUUUACUCUUUUGGUGCUGCUCUCUGCAGUGGGAGCAGCAAUGCUACAAGAAAACACGUACGAUUACUACAAAUAUCACCCUAUGUCAGAGAUCUCUGAGUGGAUGGUUCAGAUUGCGAAGGAUCACCCCGACAUUGUAACGAGAAUGGAGUAUGGAAAGACCUACGAGUUCAGGACUAUUACCUUGCUCAAGAUUGGUGUGAAUACUGGAGAGAAGAAGAAAGCUAUCUGGAUGGACUGUGGUAUCCACGCCAGGGAGUGGAUCGCUCCAGCCUUCUGUCAGUACUUUGUCAGACAGAUCUUGCAGACAUAUAAGACUGACCCAAGAAUUGGACUGAUGUUGAAGAACCUAGACUUUUACAUAACCCCAGUACUCAAUAUGGACGGCUACAUCUUUUCAUGGAGGGACAACUCGACUCGUCUAUGGAGAAAGAGCAGGUCACCAGGUCCUGCAGGCUGCAACUGCUCCGGGACCGACCUCAACCGCAACUUCAACUCAAACUGGGGAACAAUCGGCGUGUCCUACGACUGCUGCCAACAAACCUUCUGUGGCAGAGCUCCUGAGUCUGAGCCUGAGACUCAGGCUGUCACCUACUUUGUAGGAAGCAGGAAGGAGGACUUCCUGUGUUUCCUCACCAUCCACUCCUACGGCCAACUGCUCUUGGUUCCCUAUGGACACCCUAACUCCACUGCCUCAAACUACAAGGAGCUGAUGGAAGUCGGGUUGGGUGCAGCAGAGGCCAUCAAGAAGAUCCACGGGAAGAUCUACAGAGUAGGAACCUCCCCUGAUAUAUUAUAUCCCAACUCUGGAUCUUCCAGAGACUGGGCUGCAGUACAAGGAAUUCCCUUAUCAUAUACUGUUGAGCUCAGAGAUAAGGGAGAGUAUGGCUUUGAGCUUCCUGAGGAUCAGAUCAAGCCCACCUGUGAGGAAGCCUACAGCGGAGUCCUGCACAUCGUCACCUAUGCCCAUGAUAAAGUCUUUAACAGUGCCAUCGCAUUCACUGGUGGGACACUCUGGACCGUGCUUGUAGUGGCAGGAGUCACCAGGAUAAUAUCAUACUGAAGAGUGCAUGCAUCAGUCUGAAUGAAAUAUUUGCAUUUAUUUCAUUUUCAAAAUCUGAACAUUGAGCAAACACAUAUGGAAAGCAUGCUGGAAUUGCCAGUAACAGUGUGAAUUAAAGCUGCAAGCAGCGUUGGUCGGGCCCGCUUUGGCUGCUGCCCCCGCGACCCAAGCCCUGGUCUAAGUCAGACCUACAUAGAGGUUUUUGUAUCAUGUCCCUACGACAUUCCUAACCAAAGUUACAAGUAGUUUUGUCUGUGUUUUUUCCUAGGGGGUGCUAGAGCGUAAUUUUGAUUGCUGUCCCAAUACUUUUGCCUAGUGUUAGUCCUAAGUGUCCCAAUACUUUUGUCCAGUGGUAGUCCUAAGUGUCCCAAUACUUUUGUCUAGUGUACCUACCUUCUCCGCAUUGUGCGGGCACGCUAGUGCAGCCAACUUGAGACAACAGCAGCGCAGCAGCAUCAUGGUUCUUUGAAGGGUCAUAAAAUCCAAACCGGACCAGUAAUCAAAACUUUUUCGCUAUCUUUUAAUCAGAAGGGUUCAAUCUCUCUCAUGUGCGAGUUUGAAGCCGAAACGACAAACGCGCUCAGAGGAGAUAAUGUUUGAAGAAAGAAACUUUUGUUUUGAAGGGGUAAUUGCCAACUUCCUGUUGAUUUUUGCUGAAGGAUGUCAAUUAUUAAAAUGUAGGUCUAAGUAAGACCUACAUAGA